AUGGCUGUGGAUACCUUCACCAUCCUGUGCGCCUUGGGCGUCUUUGCUGCUCUCCAGGUUCCGAGCACCGACGCAUUUAAUCAGCAACCAUCUGAGGUGUUUCUGAGCUACUCUGCCCAGAAUGAGAUCGUGAACAAGCACAACGAGCUGAGAAGAGGUGUUCAGCCCACUGCUAGCAACAUGUUGGAAAUGAGCUGGAGCAUCGAGGCUGCAGCCAACGCUCAGAGAUGGGCCAACACCUGCGCCAUGAAGCACAGUCCUGACAGCUCCAGAACGAUCAGCUCUAGCGGCUGUGGAGAGAACCUGUACAUGGCCAGCUUUAAAGACACCUGGAGCAACGCUAUUCAGGACUGGUACGACGAGGUGAAGAACUGGCGCUACGGAGUGGGAGCUAUCAAUAAUGGAGUGAUCGGACACUACACACAGGUUGUUUGGUACAGGUCCAACAAAGUUGGCUGUGGAAUGGCCCACUGUCCCAACUCUCAAUACAAGUACUUCUACGUCUGCCAAUACUGCCCACCUGGAAACUACCAGUAUGCUCGUCCCUAUCAAGCAGGACCCUCCUGCGGCGACUGUCCCAAUGCCUGUGACAACAAACUGUGCACCAACCCCUGUCCCUACACUAACAAGUACAGUAACUGUGCUCAGCUGAAGCAGCAGUGGACCUGCCAAAACAGCGACAUUGCUUCUUGGUGUCCCGCCACCUGCAAGUGCACCACUCAGAUCAUUUAA